AUGGGCUCCCAACGGCUGCAGCCGACGUCAUGGCUCGUCUUCCUGACUCUACUGGUCGGCUCUCUGUCUCAGACUGCCAACAUGUCUCACCUUGACCGAGUCUGCACAACUUGGGGAAACUAUCACUUCAAGACCUUCGAUGGGCAUUUCUUCCAGUUGGCCUCCACCUGUAACCAUGUGCUGGUCUCCCACUGCGGGGGAAGCUAUGAGAGCUUCAUCAUCCAGAUGAGGCGGGGUCUGGUCGACAGCAUCAGCAGCAUCGCCAUGAAGCUGGAUGGCUCAGUGGUGGAGCUCUCCAACAGCUCCGUCAUAUUCAACGGCCAGAUGGUGUCUCUGCCACUCGUUGCCUUCGGAGUGACAAUCAAAAGGACCACAUCCAGCAUCUUUGUUGAAGCCAGUCUUGGGAUCAAGGCUACUUGGAACCUGGAUGACUCCUUAGAUAUUCCAGAGGUAGUCUCUGAUAAACCCAGCCAUGUGGAGGACAUGUCUGAGGACAGAGUUUACUCCCUAAGAAUAGAGAUAUGGAAUUACCUCCAAGCACUGCCAGAGAGGCAAUUACUACAAGAGAGCAAUCCACGGACUGUGAUGUCUGUGGUGGACUUGGCUGAGACUUACAAGGUAAACGGGCCCACUGAGACGUGUGUGGAACCCGACCUCAGCCCGACCCGGAGCUGUGGGGACAAGUUGCUUUGUGAGGAGACCUUCACUAGCGAUCCGUUCAGCAGCUGCCAGAACCUCCUGGAUGUGGAAUCGUUUACCAAGGCGUGCAUGGCAGACAUGUGUAACUCAGAAGAGAACACCACAGAGUCCAUCUUGUGCAAAACCAUCUCAGAGUUCUCCAGACAGUGCGUCCAUGCAGGUGGAAGCCCCCAGCCUUGGAGGAACGAAACCUUCUGCUACAAGCGAUGCCCUUACAACAUGGAGUUUCUGGAAUGUAGCCGGCCAUGUCAGGACUCCUGCUCCAACCCACAGGCCAGUCAGACCUGUGACAGCCACUGCCACGAUGGCUGCAGCUGCCCUGCAGGAAUGGUGUUUGAUGACAUUGGUAACACAGGAUGUGUCACAGCUGAUCAGUGCCCAUGUCUCCAUGGCAACCAGAUCUACCAGUCAGGAGAGUCCUACUCAUUCAACUGUAGAUCCUGUGUUUGUGAGCGAGGCCACUGGACGUGUACGGAGGAAAACUGCUCGGGAACCUGUUCGGUGGAGGGAGGAGCUCACGUUACCACCUUUGACGGGAAAAUGUACACCUUCCACGGAGACUGCUCCUACGUUCUGGCUAAACAGAGUGAUGGCUCCCUCUACACUGUGUUGGUGGACCUGGUCAAAUGUGGUCUGACAGACAGCAGGACGUGUCUCAGAGCCGUUACUCUGGCCCUGGGCAGUAAUGCCGUGGUCAUCAAAAUUCAAGCAUCUGGGCAAGUCUAUGUCAACAAUAUUCUUUCUCAGCUUCCAUUGUUUACAUCUGAGCUGAGUGCAUUUUGGCCAUCCUCCUUUUAUGUUGUAAUCAGCACCAAAGUGGGAAUCCAAGUGAUGGUCCAGCUCUCUCCUGUGAUGCAAGUCUUCGUUUCAGCUGAUGUGUCACUCAAAGGAGCCACCUCCGGAUUAUGUGGGAACUUCAACAACAUAAUGAGUGAUGACUUUCUGGUGAUUAGUGGACUUGUGGAGGGAACUGCUGCAGCAUUUGCCAACACAUGGAAGACCAGAGUCAGCUGUCCUGACAUCGUGCCAUUCUUUGGAGAUCCUUGCAGCCAGGACAUUAGCAGAGAGAACUAUGCACAGUACUGGUGUUCCAAAUUGACUGAUCCGCUGGGAGUGUUUGCUCCUUGCCACUCUGUUGUCAGCCCCAGCUCAUACAAAGACAACUGCAUGUACGAUGGCUGUAACUGUGAAAAAAGUGAAGACUGCAUGUGUGCUGCGGUCUCCUCAUAUGUCUACACCUGCUCAGCAGCAGGAGUCCACAUCAGCGGCUGGAGGGAAACCAUCUGUGGAAAAUUUAGCGAAUCAUGUCCAUCAGAAACAGUUUAUGAGUACAACAUGACCUCCUGUGGUCGGACGUGUCGUUCCCUCAGCCAGGCUGAUUACUCCUGCCAGGUCAGCUUCGCCUCUGUGGACGGCUGCGGCUGUGCUGAGGGAACCUACAUGAAUGAAGGGGGACAGUGUGUGUCCAGUGCGAACUGCCCCUGUUACGAUAAGGACACCUUUAUUCCUGCUGGACAGGCCAUCAUCAAAGAUGGAUGUCUGCAGACAUGGGGCCCUCAGCUGCUCAGGAGGAGCCAGACUACAAAAUCAGUACAGGCUGUACAUCUGGAUGUGUGUGCCCAGAAGGCCUGCUGUCAGACGGAGCAGGAGGCUGCAUCAAUGAGACAAGCUGUCCAUGUGUCCACAAUGGACAUGUCUACCAGCCAGGACAAACUCUCACAGUGGACUGAUUAUUGCAGCCCUGGUCAGGGAAACGGAAGCUUCAGUAUUAUCACUGAGAAUGUUCCAUGCGGAACCACUGGGACCACCUGCUCCAAGACCAUUAAGAUCUAUCUGGAGGAUAAUGAAUUCCAUCUUAAGGAUGACAGUUUCCAGGUGAUAAAAGGAAACAUCAAUGUUCUCCCUGCUUCUGUACAAAAAAUGGGUAUUUACCUGGUGGUGACCGUCCAAUCAGGGCUGGUAGUCAUGUGGGACCAGAAGACCAGCCUUUUCAUUUCUCUCAGUCCACAGUUCCAGGGUGAAGUGUGUGGCCUUUGUGGGAACUACGAUGGCAACAGUAAAAAUGAUUUUACCACACGCUCUCAAGAGACUGUGACAGAUGUUUUAGAGUUUGGGAACAGCUGGAAAGUGUCAUCUAGUUGCUCUAACGCCCAGCUUCUCAGUGAUCCCUGUGCCUCCAACCGCUACAGGGCAGCCUGGUCUCAGAAGCAGUGCAGCAUCAUAACCAGCGCCACCUUCCACAGCUGUCAUGCAAAAGUCGAUCCUGGCCCAUACUAUGAUUCUUGUGUGAGAGACUCCUGUGCUUGUGACACUGGAGGUGACUGUGAGUGUUUCUGCACUGCUGUGGCUGCCUAUGCCAAAGCUUGCAGCACAGCUGGAGCCUGCAUCAGAUGGAGAACUCCAAAGUUGUGCCCUAUUUUCUGUGACUAUUAUAACUCCCCUGGUGGCUGUGAAUGGCAUUACAAGCCUUGUGGAGCUGACUGCAUGAAGACAUGUAGGAAUCCCUCAGGAAAUUGUACCAAACUCAUCACUCACAUGGAAGGUUGCUAUCCACAGUGUUCUCAAACCAAGCCUUUCUUUGAUGAAGACACAAUGAAAUGUGUGAACUGGGACCAAUGUGGAUGCUAUGAUGACAAAGGCAUUCAUUACAGCACAGAAACAACAACAGUAAAGAUUGGAACAACAAACCCCUCGAAAGUUGGCACAACAGGCCCCGUGACUGGCUCCAUAACAGAAGUUGUUGAAUCCACGACUAUAGUACCAGGAAUCAUGUCAACAAGCCAAGAAACAUCACUUGUUACAUCUACUCCCUCUGUUGUUACCAAAACCACAACAACACCUUCCAGAACCACUGGAGCAAUUACAACAAAAUCUUAUGAAGCAUCUACAACCCAAGGUCCCUCAACGAAUGUAGGUACAAGAAAGCCAGUGGAAGCAACCUCUGGUCAAUUAACAAUCUCCACCACAGCAAUUUUUGAAACCACAACUUCAGUGCCAGAGGCAACAAGCAGAAGGAGUGAAACUUCAACCGUAUCAUCAAAGCCAUCUAUUUAUACAACCACUUCAGAAGGCCCUAUCACAUCUACAAACAGAGCCACAACUGAAUCUGUCGAAACUACGUUCUCAGAAACAACAACAGUAAAGAUUGGAACAACAAACCCCUCGAAAGUUGGCACAACAGGCCCCGUGACUGGCUCCAUAACAGAAGUUGUUGAAUCCACAACUAUAGUACCAGGAAUCAUGUCAACAAGCCAAGAAACAACACUUGUUACAUCUACUCCCUCUGUUGUUACCAAAACCACAACAACACCUUCCAGAACCACUGGAGCAAUUACAACAAAAGCUUCUGAAGCAUCUACAACCCAAGGUCCCUCAACGAAUGUAGGUACAAGAAAGCCAGUGGAAGCAACCUCUGGUCAAUUAACAAUCUCCACCACAGCAAUUUUUGAAACCACAACUUCAGUGCCAGAGGCAACAAGCAGAAGGAGUGAAACUUCAACCGUAUCAUCAAAGCCAUCUAUUUAUACAACCACUUCAGAAGGCCCUAUCACAUCUACAAACAGAGCCACAACUGAAUCUGUCGAAACUACGUUCUCAGAAACAACAACAGUAAAGAUUGGAACAACAAACCCCUCGAAAGUUGGCACAACAGGCCCCGUGACUGGCUCCAUAACAGAAGUUGUUGAAUCCACAACUAUAGUACCAGAACCCCUGGAGCAUUUACAACAAAAGCUUCUGAAGCAUCUACAACCCAAGGUCCCUCAACCAAUGUAG